CUCAGCAGCAGACAUGGCAGAAGAAGCUCCAGCAGCGGCUCCGGCCAAAGCCCAGAAGAAGAAGGCGGCUCCCCGUCCCAAGAAGGAUGGCCCCACCCUCCCGAAGCUCAUCAUCAGCGCCGUGGCCGAGUCCAAGGAGCGCAAGGGGGUUUCUCUGGCGGCCAUUAAAAAGGUUCUGGCCGCCAAAGGCGUGGAUGUGCCGAAAGCAAACAAGCGCAUCAACACCGCCGUGACUAAGCUGGUGACCGGAGGAACCCUGGGACAGACUAAAGGCACCGGGGCCUCCGGCUCCUUCAAGCUCGCCAAGGAGCCCAAAGCCGACAAACCUGCGAAGAAGGUGGUGAAGAAGAAAACUCCCGUUAAAGCCAAGAAGCCCGCAGCCAAGAAAGUUACAGCCGCCAAGAAACCUGCAGCCAAGAAGCCAGCAGCAAAGAAAGUAGCAGCCAAGAAGUCCCCGAAGAAGGCGCCGGCGAAGAAAGCUGUUAAAAAGCCCGUAGCGAAGAGCCCCAAGAAGAAGACUCCCGUUAAAAAGGCCAAAGCGGCGAAGAAGCCCGCUGCCAAGAAAGCCCCGAAACCAGCUACACGAAGACAAGUUCACCAAGCUAAAUUAAACUCUGUUUAAUUGUCUUGUGCUCUGCUGUGCAUCCAUUCCAAUAAAGUGCAGAGAAUGAAUACUGGGGUCAACUGCAUUCUAACAGAUGUACCGGACUGAAUGAUCAACACAAGAGUCAGUACAGUCUUCCAAUUUAGUGCUAGAUUAUUGUAUUAGAGAAAUCAAGGACAACUUUACAUUCUAGUUCUCCUUCUUUAUUUGGUUAACUUGUGUAUUGUUGUUUUCUGGGUGUUUUCUGUAUAUUAAAUAUGGCACUUUCAUUC